AUUCGAGAUUUAGCACAACGAGCAAUCGCUCCUGCGCUGCGCCUAUUGAGAAAUCAAUGGGCCGUAGGAAUGGCGGAGGAGGAGGACUGUUCAGGGCAUUCAUGUGCGGCGACGGUGGAGGUGUCCAAGCGCAGGAGAUUGAACAGAUUUCUCGAGAAGGGAGCCAGUACAGCCUUUCAACCGGAAUUCUUCCUUCGCUUGGAGCGCGGAGUAACCGCAGAGUCAAGCUUCGGUCAUUCAUAAUUUCUCCUUACGAUCGGCGAUACAGAACAUGGGAAGCAUUUUUGGUUAUUCUCGUUGUCUACACAGCUUGGGUGUGUCCUUUCGAGUUAGGAUUUCUUGAUAAACCAGAUCGACCUCUCUCCAUCACGGACAAUGUUGUUAAUGGAUUUUUCGUUGUUGAUAUCAUUCUUACAUUCUUUGUUGCCUACAUGGAUAAGGAUACAUAUCUUUUGGUUGACGACCACAAGAAGAUUGCUUUGAACUAUCUGACCUCCCUUGGGUUUGUACUUGAUGUCAUAUCUACGAUUCCUUCUGAACUUGCCCUGAAGAUUUCACCAAAACGACUACAAACUUAUGGCUUAUUCAACAUGCUGCGAUUGUGGCGGCUCAGAAGAGUUAGUGCAAUCUUUGCCAGAAUGGAGAAAAAUAGAAAUCUCAACUACUUCUGGGUUAGGUGUGCCAAGCUUAUAUGUGUCACUCUUUUUGUGGUUCAUUGUGCUGGUUGUUUUUAUUAUCUUAUUGCUGAUCAUCACCACAAUCCGCAAGACACAUGGAUUGGUGCAGACAAUCACGAUUUUCAUCAUGACAGCCUGGGACUUAGAUAUGUCACCUCAAUGUAUUGGUCUAUCACUACGCUCACAACUGUUGGCUAUGGUGAUUUUCAUGCAACAAAUAUGGGAGAGAUGAUAUUCGACAUUUUUUACAUGUUCUUUAACCUGGGACUCACUGCAUAUUUGAUCGGAAAUAUGACGAAUUUGGUGGUUCAUGCAACUAGUAAAACUCGGCAAUUUAGAGAUACCAUUCAAGCAGCCUCAAGCUUCGCACAUAGAAAUCACUUGCCUCCGCGGCUUCAUGAGCAAAUGGUUUCACAUUUGUGCUUGAAAUACAGAACUGACUCAGAGGGGCUGCAGCAGCAAGAGACUCUUGAUUCACUUCCAAAAGCAAUCCGAUCAAGCAUUUCUGAUUUCCUAUUCUAUUCUUUAGUGGAUAAGGUCUACUUGUUUCAUGGAGUGUCGAAUGAUUUACUCUUCCAGCUGGUUUCCGAGAUGAAGGCUGAGUAUUUCCCACCCAAUGAGGAUGUAAUUCUACAGAAUGAAGCUCCAACAGACUUCUAUAUUCUUGCUUCUGGGACAGUGGAUUUAUUGGUUAUGAAAAAUGGACUUGAGCAGGUUGUUGGGAAGGCCAUAACUGGUGACCUCUGCGGUGAAAUUGGUGUCCUCUGUUAUAGGCCUCAACUGUUCACGGUGCGAACAAGAAGAUUAACUCAGCUGUUACGUUUGAGUCGUGCGACAUUCUUAAACAUCAUUCAGGCCAAUGUUGGAGAUGGGACGAUAAUUAUGAAUAAUCUUCUGCAGCACUUGAAAGAAUUGAAUGACCCGAUAAUGGAGGGAGUUCUUCUGGAGACUGAGAACAUGCUUGCUCGAGGGAGGAUGGACUUACCUCUCACUCUAUGUUUUGCCACAGUUAGGGGAGAUGACUUGCUGUUAGGUCAUUUGUUGAAGAGAGGACUUGAUUCUAACGAAUGUGAUAAUAAUGGAAGGACGGCUCUACAUAUUGCAUCAUCGAAGGGUAAUCAGAACUGUGUGAAGCUAUUGUUGGAUUACGGAGCCAAUCCCAACAACAGAGAUUCGGAGGGAAGUGUUCCUUUGUGGGAAGCCAUCAUCGGCAGGCACGAAUCAGUUAUCGAACUAUUGACGGCACACGAUGCUAGUUUAACUGCAGGUGAUGUUGGUCUGUUUUCGUGCACAGCUGUCGAACAGAAUGACUUGGAUCUUCUCAAAGAAAUCAUUCAUCGUGGUGGGGAUGUAACUCAGCCUAUGAAAGGCGGGCGCACGGCGCUUCACAUUGCUGUCUGUGAAGGAAACCUUGAAGUAGUGAAAUUUCUCUUGGAUCAUGGGGCAGAUAUCGAUGCAGCGGAUGAAGGCGGUUGGACGGCAAGGCACCUGGCCGAGCAGCAAGGUCAUGAGGAUAUUAAAGAACUCUUCGAAUCUUGUAAAACGACCAAGGGUACACUGCCAAUCCCUGAGGAAGGCCGAGGAGUUCGUUUCUCGGGUAGACUUGAAAGUGAGACGAUGAUCACAUCACCUAUCAACCGGGAUGAGUCGAAUGGGAAAUCAUCGAAACUGAGGCGUAAAGCUAACAAUUACUCGAAUUCGCUAUUUGGGAUCAUGUCAGCAGCGCAAACUGGCGAUCAUGGUCUGGUCUCGCCGAUGGCGAAGGAGACAAGCUGUGCACCUGUGAUGACGUAUCCGCCCAGGUUGACAGUAAGCUGCCCCGAGAAAGGCGACAGUGGAGGAAAGCUCGUCUUACUUCCGAAAUCGUUUGAAGAACUAGAAGAGAUUUGCAUGAAGAGAUACAACUUCAUCCCUGCAAGAGUUUCGACCAUAAACGGGGCCGAAAUCGAGAGUGUAGAGCUGUUAAGAGAUGGUGAUCAUUUGAUCUUCGCCAGCAGAACAGAGGAUGGUAAUGAAACUGGGGGAGUGUUGUGUCUUAGAACUUGAGGGGCAUUUUAUAUUAUUUUAUUUAAUUUUUAAAAUUGAGGUAUUUAGUUGAAUGCCUGAUUUUAGAAGAUUGUAGGAAUAUAAUAGCUGGGAAUUGGGCUGUAGAUAUGAUAGGAGUUGGGUGACAGAGAUUAAUUUCAAUCUCUCAUGCACCGCACCCAGUUUGGUUCAUGUAACAGGCAUACAUACAACUCGACUAGGAAAGUUGGGUAUACUUAUUAACUGCUAUACAUAUUGUGACA